UCACACAGUUGGUUAAAAACCAGAUCUACAGCAGUUACAGGGUCUUUCUCUAAUGUCUUGUCCGCUUUAAUGAUAGAAGAAUAAUCUAAAAUCAGAAGUCAGUGGUCGUGUGAUGGACUCGUUCUUCACUGGUUUCGUUCAUUCUCUCGGAAACUUCUUUGGUUCUCCGCUUGACUUUCUCUCUGGAAAAUCUUGCAGUACGCUCUGUCCAUCACCGUGGGAUGUGUUGUGCUACGUCGAGAAUUUCUGCGUGGCUAGUCUUGCUAAAGCCGCCUUGAUCCUAAUCGUAGCCUACUUGUUUCUGUUCUUCAUCUACAUGUUAUACAAAAUUGGUUUCUGGCAUUGUAUCAUCCACGGUUUCUUCAGAUUCCUCUGGGCUUUAGUCUCCUGUUGGUUCUACAUUCUUAGCAAUUGCUGCACUUUCUUCUGCUAUGAUCUGCUACACACCAAACGCAGAAGAAGACGUAGAAACCGAAGAUAUUCAGAGGAUGGUGAUGAUUAUAGUGACGAAGACAAUGAUGAUGGUGGGUCGUUUAGAUACCAUAGGUCUCGACGAGAAAUGAGAAAAGAAGAGCGUCUUAGAAAGUCUUUGAAACCGAGGAGCCAUCGUGUUAGAGUUGGUGUGAGGAAAGAUCAUCCUUCUUCUGAUUUGGGUUUGAACCAACAUGUUGGUGGUGGUGUUGGUUCGGUUCAUGGUAUUAGAGUGAGCAGAGAGUCUAAAUUCGCACGGAAAGGUUCAAAACGAAGAGCUCGGGUUUACCAUGGUCCUCGCAGAAUCUGAAAUGAACAACUGCCAGUCUCCAAAAAGACAUGUAUUAUUUGUUGUUUGAUAAAAAUAUUGCCGUUGAUCUUUGCUUACAUAAAGUGUAAUGAAAACCAACUACUAUAUCUCUAUUUCUUGUCUGAAUUUCCAUUUUGGUACUCGAAGAAUAGACAACGAUUGGAGUUCUCACGGAGUAAGAUCCAGCCGACCAAAGAUGAAUGGUUUGAUCAAAGAUCCGGCCGACCAAAGAUGAAUAGACAACGAUUGGAGUUCUUUUAACGUUGUGGCUGAUUCUCUGGCAAAGAUGAGCCUGCAAGACCUUGUAAGUCGCAGUAGUGCGAACUAAAACUUUGUUUCGUCAAUUUAAGUAAUGAAUGGUUUGAUCAAAAAAAAGAAGGGUAAUACAAACAAUUUUAGAGUUUGUCGUAGUACAACAUGUGUAGAUGAAUUAUUUUAUUGUUUUAACUUGAGUGUUGCUGAGAGAUUUAUUUGUCGUUGGAUCUGAAGAUGAAUGAUGACUUCAUGUGUGAGAGUUUAGUAUGUUCUUUCUUAUAAAGCCUUGUAAAAUGUUAAUGGUGUUGUCAAAGUAAAAUCAUGUUAGCGCUGAGGCGACCAAUAGUUGAUCUGUAAUAGUGAAACACAUUUUGGAAAUGAGGUUUACAUAACAAACUUUGUUUGUUUGAUUACUUUGAUAUAAUAGCUUAAAGAAUCGAGGAGAUUAGUUCCUUUCAUAACCUUUUAUAAAGUAUAAAUUUGUUAUAGACCAUAAACUCUAAAGUUCAACUGAAAUCUGUUUUUAUUGGAUGAAUUUUUCCUUUUGACAAAUUUAUUGGAUGAAUCUUUACGUUCUUAUAGUUUAUUUAUUUGGUCAAUUGUAUUUGUACUAAAUAUUACAUAAUUGUUUUUACGUAUUUUGCCUAAGGAUUUUCUACCCACUUAUUGAUUUAGGAAGUGAAGUAUGAACUUUGUAACAUAAAGAAAAGACAAAAUCGUUGGAAUUCAAAAAAAAAAUUCUAAACUAAACCUUAUGCUCUAAGAAUCAACGAAGUUAACCUCAUCCACUCACCAGGCUUAAUGUUGCUUCACUACAUUCGAGGAGCUGACGAGGUCGAUCACACGCUUGUGUACACAGAGCUCAAAUCUGUCCCAUCAUCCCAUGUGUUGGUUCCUACAAUACAUAAAACAAAAACAAAAAACAUGUAUGCUCAUCAUUCAUUAUCGUAAGCUUUGCAGCAACAUAUGCUGGACAUGCCAACCAAAAGACAAACCCAGACCAAAGCCGGUUCGGAAUGACAAAUGAAUUAAGACUGUAAACUGGAAAAAUCAUAAUCACUAUUGUACAAUGGCUGUCAUAAGGUGCUCCGUGCUCACAUAUGGAACCAAGUGUAAUAUAAACCAUUUACAUUAUUUUUUCUUCAUAUAUCUAUCUGAGAGUAAACACAUGACAAUAAAUGAAGAACACACAUAAUGUAACUCCCAGCAAAAUUCUUGAGCAGCUUGUUUAUUAAGGGUUUUUUUCCCACGUACACGCAGAUUGUAUAUUUUGAAUUUGUUAAAUUAACAGUUGUUUUAUUGUUGUCAAUUCUUGUGUUUAAAAUAUUUUUUAAUUUAAUUUAAUUUUUAAUAGCUAAUUUGGUUAUUUGUUAAAAUUUUGACCAUAUUUGUAAGGUAGAAUCAAAUUUAUGAGUAACUUACAUAGUAUAAUUAUGUGUUGGUUAUCUAUCUAUAUAAUUAAAACUGAAGUACCUUUUGGUAGUGUUUAGAAGCAGGGAUAACAGUUUAAAUGAUAAUUGUUUGGAAACAUGAAUAACAAUAUUUUUAGUACUUUCUUUUAUUUACACAUUUAGCCAUUACAUUUACAAUAAAUUAAGUAUUUUCUUUUUGUAUUUCUUUUUAUUUAUAGAUUCUGCCACUGCAUUUAAAAUUAAUUUAAAUUAAUUAAUUACAAUUCUAAAUUUUAUCUAACGAAAUCAAUAUUCAUAUACUGGCCAUUAUUAAUAUUGUAUGAAUAUUAACUAAAUCGCAUGUGUUAAAAGGAGAUAACCUUUUCAUGUGAUUAACUAAAUCACCAAAUUAUAAAACAUAAAAAAUAUCCAUGUAAUUUUUUUAUAAAACCAGUGGUUUAUGAGUUUACGUUGAACACAAGUUAAAUCAAACACCAACGCGGAGGCACGGAUCUUUUAUUUAUUUCUACCAUAUUUGGAAAACAGAAAGAAUUUUUCUGAACAAUUAUAUUAUUUAUGUUUAAAUUAAAAGCUAACCUCGUAUCUUACCAAUGGGAUAGUAA